UUUCCCCCCAUUUCUUGCCUAGUAUCCUGUCCUUGGCCCUCCUCCGACCCGAAUGGCUGGCUUCUUCAGUAAUGGCAGCUGUCAGUGCCAGACUAGCUUGUUUUAUCUUGUUAGUGAUAUUUAUGAACUAGAUACCAAUGGCUUAGAAGAUUCAACAGAACUCCAAGAGAGGAUAGGGAAUAAUUUUAAAUCUUUACUAGAACAAUUAACAGACUUGUUCAAUAAAUGUAAAGGUGACUUGAUGGAAGUCAGAGAUGGCAUCUUGAAAACUCAUCCUAACAUUUUAGAAAACUUAGUCUUUUUUAUUGAGACAAUUUCCAUCACUCUAUGGGUGUCAAGUUACUGUGAUAGUGUCCUACAACCCUUCAAAUCAAGCUUACAGAAAAAGAAAAAGAAAAAAAAAGAAAGCAGUGUAGUUAUGCCACCUGUAUUUACCAGUUUUUUGGAUUAUGUUACUGAGCUACAGACGUUAAUUUCCAAUGUUAUAGAUCAUAUCAAAGGGCUUGAAAUAAUUCUGACUGCAUUUAAACUUGAUGAAUUGUCCAUAGAUGACACUUUACUUUCACAGGUAAGAAACUCUACGUUAUUUUAUGUGAUUUCUUUUGGAAAAAAAAGUAGAGAAUAUCUCUUUGCUAGCUUCACCUUUUUCUUUAAAUGUUACCUAUUGGAAAAGCUUUAAUAACCACUGAUAUGAUUGACUUAGUUGUCUAUUUAGCUAAAAAGAAUAGUGUGUCGAUUGGUUGAAACUGACCUAAAGUGGUAGAGUUCUUGUUGUAAAGCUCCUACCAUGUGGAGUCCACCAUAGUAACUUUCCCUAAACUGUUUAUAUCUUGUUUACUUCCACAAAAUGAUUAAUUUAAAAAAUGUGACUGGAACCUGAGAAUUGUAAACCUAUGUAUCUUUAAGUGAGUUGAGUAUGUGGAGAACAAAUGCUGUGUGACAUUUUGUUGCCAGGAAAAUGAAUGUUGUUUACAGCAUAGAAAGACAUGACAUCAAAUAAGAGAGAGAGCACAAUUGUGACAGGAAAUCUGUGUGGUUAAAGUAUUUGACUAAUAUAGAAUCAUAGAGCACUAUAACUGGAAGGGUCCUCGAGAGGUCAUCAAGUCCAGUCCCCUACCCUCGUGGCAGGACCAAGCACCAUCUAGACCAGGGCUAAUAAACACAUGGGUCGCAUGCGGCCUGCAGCAUGUUGGUUUGUGGAGCGGUUUGGGUUUACGCGGGGCUCAACAUGCGGACCGAGGGUGGGAUCCUUUGAACGUGGGCUCCACUGGGAACAUGCUCCACAAUGGCGAGGCAUCUCCCAGGCAGGGUGAGCACUGAAAGAUGCAAGCAGACAGGUUGGCUGGAACAGACUGGUACAGGGUGUCUGCGUUUCUAGCCCCCUGGGAGGAGGUGCCGGGAGCGCCGGGGCAUCAUGGGAAGUGCUGGCUGCUCAGCCUU